GUACGUUUCCGCCCAGCUGCUCGGCUUCCUAAUACGUCAUUUCCGGGUUCGGCUGACUGUGUUCCCGGUUGCUCGGUUGUACUUUCAGGUUGGAGAGACAUGCAAUAUAACGGCGAAAGGUCUAUGCAUUCUCGAUUAGUUUUGGCUUCCAGCUUGUUUACCUGCUACUUUCUAUUCCAUCUACGAUGCUAAACCGGAGCUCCUUCACCACCCUGGUGGUUGGGGUGUUCAUUGUAUAUGUGGUUCAUACCUGCUGGGUGAUGUAUGGCAUUGUCUACACUAAGCCCUGUGAAAGCCACAGUGAUAAUUGCAUUAAACCGUACCUCUCAAAGAGGCCAAAAUUGCAAUUAAGUGUAUAUACCACAACAAGGACUAGUAUUAGUGCUGAAAACAAUGUUGACUUGGUUCUAAAUGUUGACAACUUUGAUGUGGAGUCAAGAUUCGAAAGAACUGUGAAUGUUACUGUACCCAAGAAAACCAGGAAUAAUGGCACGUUGUAUGCAUAUAUAUUUCUUCAUCACUCUGGGGUCCUACCAUGGCACGAUGGGAAACAAGUGCAUAUUGUGAGCCCUUUGACUACUUACAUGAUUCCAAAGCCUGAAGAGGUUAAUCUCAUUACUGGAGAAACUGGAACUCAGCAAAUCGAUACUGGUAAAAAAGAAAAUAAUGCGCUGGAUGAACCCGUCUCACACUGGAGGUCUCGGCUAACACUGAAUGUUAUGGUGGAAGACUUUAUUUUUGAUGGUUCGUCUCUACCUGCUGAUGUUCACAGAUACAUGAAAAUGAUUCAGCUGGGGAAGUCUGUCCAUUACCUUCCUAUAUUAUUUAUAGAUCAAUUAAGUAAUCGAGUGAAGGAUUUGAUGAUGAUAAAUCGUUCUACAACAGAACUUCCUCUGACUGUAUCGUAUGACAAAAUAUCAUUGGGCAAACUACGGUUUUGGAUUCACAUGCAAGAUGCAGUUUACUCCUUACAGCAAUUUGGAUUUUCAGAAAAAGAUGCAGAUGAAGUAAAAGGGAUUUUCGUGGAUACCAAUCUUUAUUUUUUAGCUCUCACUUUCUUCGUAGCUGCUUUUCAUCUCCUGUUUGAUUUUCUUGCAUUUAAAAAUGACAUCAGCUUUUGGAAGAAGAAGAAAAAUAUGGUUGGGAUGUCAACAAAAGCAGUGUUGUGGCGUUGCUUUAGCACUGUGGUAAUCUUCCUCUUUUUACUGGAUGAACAAACCAGCUUGCUGGUUUUGAUCCCUGCUGGUGUUGGCGCUGUAAUUGAGGUUUGGAAGGUCAAGAAGGCAUUGAAAAUAACUUUCCAGUUCACAAGUCUAAUUCCUGUAAUCAAGUUUGGAACCUACAGUGAAUCCGAAAAGAAAACCGAAGAAUAUGAUACUCAGGCAAUGAAAUAUUUGUCAUACUUAUUAUACCCUUUAUGCAUUGGUGGAGCAGCGUAUUCACUUUUGAGUAUAAGAUACAAAAGCUGGUAUUCUUGGUUGAUUAACAGCUUUGUCAAUGGUGUUUAUGCUUUUGGAUUCCUUUUUAUGCUGCCCCAGUUAUUUGUAAAUUAUAAGAUGAAAUCCGUGGCCCAUUUACCUUGGAAGGCAUUCACAUAUAAAGCAUUUAAUACCUUUAUCGAUGAUAUAUUUGCCUUUGUUAUUACCAUGCCAACAUCUCACAGACUUGCAUGUUUUAGAGAUGAUGUGGUAUUUCUAAUUUAUUUGUACCAAAGAUGGCUUUAUCCUGUGGAUAAGACUAGAGUGAAUGAAUACGGUGAAUCAUAUGAAGACAAACCAAAACGAAAGCCUCAUAUAAACUAGAUGUCAUUCAUAUGGUCUCUGUGAUAUUUCUUAUUUGAAUCCUACAGUGUGAAAAUAAGGAACCAGGAAAAUGAACAAUGAGUAUUUUUAAUGCUACAGUGAACUAUUCCAAACUAUGUACAACAGUCUACCUUGCCAAAAUCCUGAAAUGUGUUCUCCUUUUGCUUGGUCUUAUCUCCAGCAUCAGUUAUUGUAUACAAUGCAGAUAAUACCACAAUAAUGUAAAUGUAUGUGGUUUUUUUUUUUUUUUAAAUAGAGAACAAAUUUUCGAUGACUUAUAUUGGCAAGAACUGCUGUUUAUGCAGAUACUAUAUUGCAUUCCUUAAAAUGCAAACUUUGAUUUGCAGAAGCUGUGACUGAAAUAAGGUAGCAAGAUAAACCUCCACCAUCCUUAUAUCUGACUUUAUAGUCGACCAUUUAUUAUGGACAUAAACAAAUGAAAUGACUGGUGAUAUAAGAACUUGAAGUAAUGACAUGCUUGAUAUAGGUACUUUGCAUCAAUCUAAAAAAUAAGCUUUUAUUUAUUUUUUAUUUUUUUGGAACCCCAAGCAUGUUUUGUCUGGCAUGGCACACAUUUGGUCCUUUUUAUACAGAAUGCACUUCCUUCUAAUUAAAUAAUGCCCAUAUUGUCAUUACCAUGAUCACAUUGCAAAGAAAGCAUUUUUAUUUAUUUAUCUGUACAUACAAAGCCUAAAUGGUUUACCAGUAAACUACAAGAUGAGACAAUGUUUUGAAUUCUAUAUGUUACAUUUAUAUUGGUAACUUUAGGUUCCACUACAAAGGCGAAUCUUUCCCAUCUAAUGUAAAUUAUAGGGAAAAGCAACUUUACAAAUUGGUUACUAAAUAACAGAAUGCUAAAUGCACUUUGCAAAAACAAAUACUUUCCCUAAUUCUGUGAUCUAAAUUAUAUUUUUCUGCAAUAACCAAAUGAAUUCCUAUGUGUGUACACACACACACACACACACACACACGCACGCUUAAAUGUGGUGUUCUGUAAAGUCUAAAAAUACAAUUUGGACAGAUAUGGUUUUACCCAAACUGAGCUUAAACUGGGAAAAAAAUAUGUUCCUAUCUUGUAAAUAAUACAUGUACAUCUUCUUCUUUUUUUUAUUUUUAAUAAAAUGCUGUUGUUUGCUAUUAAAAGGCUUAUGACACAAACAACCUAAAGCCUCA